AUGGAUCUAAUAGAGACAAAUAACUUUUUUAUAAUCGUCAACGGAAGUCAAGCAUUAUAUUGUGAUCGCCUUGUUGGGAAGCUUACUAUAAGACACGCAUCUGACGUAUUUAACGAAUGGAAUCCUGUUUGCUUGGGGAAAAUUGACGGCGUCAUCGGAAAAAUCCGUUAUCAUUCAGAUAGCGAUUGGAGAUUAUUCUUAAUUAGCGCAAGUAAAUCUGUUGGUAUAUUACCUGAUGGCUUGGAAGUACGUCGAAUUAGUCGUGUAACAGUAUUAGUCUUGAACACUACUCCACUUGGUGACCUUAAUUUAAAUUCAUGUACACGUUCUCAUCCAGAAAUUCCAAAGAAAACCACCAAACCAACAAUACAAAACAUUCCCCAACGUCCUUUUAUGAAACUAAUGCAAAAACAUGUCAUACCUCCUGACACUAGAAAUCCAAGAUGGAGAAUACUUAAACGGAAAGAGAAAUAUGAGCAACGUAUUGAAGAGGAGUUAAUCAAUAUGCUUCAAUCUGAAGAUGAAUCCUAUUUCUAUUUUUCGCCCGGUGGAGGUGAUCUUACCAAUUGGACCCAACGUAAAACACACCCAUCUUAUUGGAAUGGUGUACCUGUAAAUACUGAUCUUUUAACUGAUAAUACUACCGGUGAAGAACAAUCAUAUUACUCUUCAAAACAAUUUAAACCUGUUUGGCAUCAACCUGUUUGGAGACGUGCUGAUGAAAGAUUCUUCUGGAAUUUUCAUUUAAUAUCUCAACCAAUUAUUGAAGCAGAUCGUAUGCUUACAACAUGCGGUUUUCCAGCCUACGGUUCUAAUUUCAAAUCUUCUGAAUCUCUAACUCAAUUCAAUGGUUUAGUAACUGAUUUAGAAGGUCUAUUAAUGCCUAUUGUUCAAGGUUAUGUACACUUUGAAGAGCUCAUUUUAGACCGACUUCAAGGUCAUCUCCAAGUGAAUGUCAUAAAGAAAACAAAAGAAUUCACUGAAAAUCCAAACAGUGAUUUACCUUUAAUAGGUGUAGAAUUUUUAAAUAAUUCCGUAAAUACAAACUCAAAUGAAGAAGAUCAAAUAAAUAUAAUUGGUUUAAACGAUCAAUCCACAAUCGAUGCUCGAGGAGGCAGAACAGCACACCACUUACAGCCAUUCACUUAUAUUAAUGAUAAUGUUGAUAUCAGUGUUAAACAAGACGUAGAAUUCGAUUCAUCAGUCUUCUCAUCUAUACCAUCGUUUUUAUCAUCAUCAACAACACCAACACCAGGCACGGAAAGAAAACAAUCACCUUCAAGAAUAAAAUUGUCACAAUCGAAUAGUUUGAUGGAUAUUUCACAUAGCAAAAUAAAUAAAUUAGUCGAUAUAACGACACUGACAAAUGGUGGUAAUUCCAUAACAGAAAGUACUAUUGAAACUGUUUGUCCUAAUACUCGUAAUACGGCAAGUUCAAAUAAUAAUUUAUUGUCGAAAAAUAAUCCAUAUGAUAGUAAUAAUAUAAAUAAGAAUUCUAGUCAUAAUCAUCCAAAGCCAAUGAUCAUUAGAGAUAUGGAACAUGUUACAGUUAUAAUAUUUUCACGUCGUAGCUGUUAUCGAGCUGGUACUCGUUAUAGACGUCGUGGAAUUGAUAUGAAUGGUCAUGUGGCUAAUUAUGUUGAAACAGAACAAAUUUUGCAUACAGACAUCGGUCAAUUUCCACAUACAGUUGUAUUUCUGCAAUGUCGUGGAUCUGUGCCACUUUACUGGAGUCAGACAAGCUUAGUGUACAAUCCACCCAUACUUUUAGAGAAAUCACAAACUGAAAAUCAAGAAGCAUUCAAUAAGUAUUGGUCAAGACAUUUUCAGGAAUUUGAACGUAUACUGAUCGUGAAUUUAUUAAGUUCUGGACGUAAACAUCGUGAAACUAUAUUAACCGAUGCAUUUUUACGUCAUAUUCUAUUAUCGAAAAAUGAACAAUUAGCUUAUAUAGGCUUUGAUUUUCAUGAUUUUUGUCGAAAUUCUCAAUUUCAAAAUGCUUCAGUUCUUUUAUCCGGUAUUGACGAUUUAUUUCGUAAUUUUAAAUAUUGUUGGGUUACUCAUAAUGGUGUAAUAUGUGAACAGAGAUGGUUAUUUCAUGUGAACUGUCUAGAUUGCUUAGAUCGUACAAAUUUAGUUCAAUGUAUGUUCGCUGUUGUCAUGAUUACAAAUCAGUUGAAAAAAAUUGGUUUAUUAGGCCCGGAGGAAUGUUUACCCACUGAAUUUCUACGCGCAGUUCAACAUAUGUGGGCAACAAAUGGCGAUGCUAUCAGUCGAAUUUAUGCAGGGACGAGUGCAAUGAAAGGUGAUUAUACAAGAACUGGUUCACGAACAGUAAAUGGUCUAAUGCGUGAUGGUGUUUAUUCAGUUAGUCGUUAUUAUUUACGUCUUCGUGAAAUUACUCGUCAAGCUGCAAUUGACUUAUUCAUCGGAAAUGAACAAAGUCCUGAACUAAUCAUGCUCUGCAAUGGUUCCGGUUUAGAAUCGUCAUCGUUACAAGUUCGAGAAGAACGUAUUAAACUUUUGAUUAGUCGAUGUCAAGAACUUUUAAUUCAAUCGGAUGAGAAAUAUUUCGCUGAAUGUUUACUUGUAUCAUAUUCUGAAUUUAUUCGUGGUAUGGCUUAUGUGAAUACGGUUGUUCUAAUAACUGAUAAAUAUAUACACUUCAUAAGAACAGAUUUUAUUAACAGAAAUAAUCGUCCAGCUUACAUUCGAAUACCUUUGUUGUCAAUAGAACGACUUGAGUUGGGAUUGGAACCAGCUAUUUUUCGACCAAAAAAUUUUGUUUUGAGAAUAUUUUAUAAAGUUCCAGAUGAAAAUUCAAUUCAAAAGUCAACUUCUAUGGAUAUGAAUCAGCAAACACCUUUUCAAUCGUCGGAUUUAAAUUCAUCAUCACUUUUGAAGCAAAUGGAAUCGUCAAAUAUUGCUGUAUGUUAUACAUGUUGA